CCCCCUGCUGGUUAAUAAUGCAUCUCGCACCAAAGUCGAUCUCCUACCUCACUCUGCUUCUGAUGAGCCUUAUUCUGCCGUGAUAUACAUAAAGGCACAUAACAGAACACAUGACGUCCUACAUGCAAAUUAAAAUGUUACGGUCCGCAUACAGACCGCAUUCUACCAGGUGAGCAGCCCUGGUCUAGAUCGAGGAUUAGCAAAGCAGCGCUCAGAUGUGCAAGUCACCCAUAAUAAAAGCACAGUGUCCGCAUAACGGAGGAGAGGAGGAGUCAGCAUGACAACGCUGCAAUACGUCAGCUUCGCAGUUUCAGAUGUGUGCAGUUAGGAGCUAAAUAAAAACCUGGUUGAUGAUCAAGGUUAGAAUGUUAGGCUGACACAGUUUUGGAUUGAGAUUAUCCCGUAGCAUCCGUCGGUCCGAUGCUCUGACAGCACAUGCGGAUGCUGCUGUCGGGUGCAAACAGCUUGCUGGCUCGACGUGACUGCUGCUCUUCGUCACCUGCGGAACCAUAGAGCUUUUUUUGAGCAGGCAGGAGUUUUUUUUCCCGAGAAACCCGGUCAUGUUGCCUGCCUGCCGCUUUUCAUCCCCGGGCGGGACGUCUCUCCGCUCCCUGCUCGCUGGGCUUUUUGCCAUCUAUGUUGUGCAUGCAUCCUGGUUCAUGUACAGCUUUAUUUACACCAAACCAUGCGAGAUCUCCAAAAGCAACCUCUGCAUCCCGUCCUACUUGGCAGAGAAGCCUCGGCUCCAGCUCAGCAUUUACACGUCUCUGCACCCAGAUGCGGGCGCUGAACAAAAGCUCCUUCUGAAGGUCGAUGACUUUGACAUACGCUCCAAGUUUAAAAGGCAAGUGAACGUUUCGCUGCCGGUGAAAGGCCUGAUGGACGGCACGCUGUACGCCCUCGUGUUCCUGCACCGGGCUGGAGUGCCCAUCUCGCAGGACCCCAUGGAAGUUCACCAUGCUGUUCAGCUCACAGACCACAUGCUGGGUAAACCUGCUAGCCAGGCUGGCGAGUCUGACGCAGCCCAGUCUGUCUCCCUCUGGCGGCCGCGGCUUGUAUUGCGUGUCAUGUCAGAGGACAUCCCCUUGGACGCAGCGGCUACUCCCACCGACCUGCGGCGCUACUUAAGAACGUACCAGAGUGGCAAAAAGAUGCUGUACCUCCCUCUGCUAUUCAUAAAUGAACUGGCCAACAGGGUGCAGGACAUGAUGGAAAUAAAGAGCAUCACCCUGGAAGUCCCCCUCAGCAUCUCCUAUGAGGACAUUUCCCUGUGGAAACUUCGACUCUGGAUCCGUAUUCAGGACGCCGUUAACACUCUGAGGCAGCUCGGUUUCUCUGAGAGAGACUUGGACGAGAUUAAAAACAUCUUUGUGGAGCCAAACCUGUCCUAUCUGGCAUUGGCUGGCCUCGUGGCUUCUGUCCAUUUCCUCUCUGACAUCGUGGCUUUAAAAAACGACAUUGGCUUGUGGAAGAAGGAGAGGAACAGGGCAGGCGUGUCCAACCCAGCAGCUCUGCGUGAGUGCUUCUGCGGGCUCGUGGUCCUGCUCUCCAUGCUUGAUGAUAGACAGACCAGCCCACUCGUGCUCCUUCCAGCUGCGGCCAGCUUUGCCAUUGAAAUCUGGAAGGCCUUGGGUGUCUGGUUUUGGUCAAGGAGAAGGCGACCUGCGCCUCGACACAGAAAACAGGACGCGUCGGACACGAGGAACAACGAGCAAGAUCCUCAGGCAAUGAAGGGGCUGUCAUACGUGCUGUACCUGCUCUGCUUCGGGGCGUCUCUUUACCCUUUGCUUUGCAUGAAAGUCAGAAGUCUGUACUCAUGGCUGAUAAGCAGCCUAGCCAACGGAGUUUAUACCGCCGGCUUUCUCUCCAUGCUUCCUCAACUCGUCGUUAAUUACGAGCUGAAAUCAGUGGCUCGCGUAUCCCAGAAAGCACUUGUGCGUAACGUGUUCAGAAGCUCCAUUAAUGGCGCGUUUGCCAUCAUCAUCUCCAUGCCGACCGGCCACCGGCUCGCCUGCUUCAGAGACAGCGCAGUGCUGCUGAUCUACCUCUACCAAAGAUGGAUUUACCCAGCUGACAGGACCAGACGUGGCGCGUUUAGAGGGCUGCUCUAUGAAAGACCUGAACCCAAACUCCACCGAGACUAACAUGGGACCAGGGACCAGCUUUAGCGCCUGGCAGGGGAGGCCAGUGUCACUGGUGUGCAGAAUAAAACGAAGCCUUUUAAAUGCCUCUCGUGCUUCACCUCGGGCUGCUUUUCUACAUGUUAGGACCAGGAACACUGUAUAUACUGUACAUAGAUGUUUGGGUGAGGCUUCAGUGCAGGAGGGAGUGAAAAUCAGCCUGGAAGGAGACGGAAAAGCAGGGGAAAGGGCCCGUGGAAGAAGAGCAAAGGCGUGAGGAGCAGGCCUGCCUUGCAGGAGUGCCACGUCAAAAUGUCACCUUUAAAAGGCCAGGAGAGCGAUGGCGCACUACAGCUGACUGUCUCUACUGGCCUGCCGUGCGGAACAUUUGAAGGCCUGGAAAGGACGCAGCUUCUAAGGACCCCCCUGGCGUUGGAGUUUCAUUAAAUCCACGUGUCAUUCCACCAUGUGUAUCCUGUCAGGAUCUGCAAGGUCUGAGACCUUCACGAAGAUUGGCUACUGUCUUUAGUGAUGCUAUGUUGUUACAAAGACUGGUAUCAUCACCUUAAAAAGGACAAUUGACCAUUUCUGC